UCAGAGCUGACUGACCUUGUUCCCAUUUGCUGUACAGAUGUCCAAUAUUACUGUCACCUACCGGGAUGGGCGCGUGGCUCAGCUAGAACAGGUCUACAUCCGUGGCAGCAAGAUUCGCUUCCUAAUAUUACCUGAUAUGCUGAAGAAUGCACCCAUGUUAAAGAGCAUGAAGAACAAAAACCAGGGAACUGGGGCUGGCCGAGGGAAAGCUGCCAUCCUCAAAGCUCAAGUGGCUGCUCGAGGCCGAGGCCGUGGGAUGGGUCGUGGAAACAUUUUUCAGAAGAGGAGGUGAGGCCAUCUCUGCCUUUCGCAUCACCCAGGAGGAAUUCCAGGAUUUUUUUUUGUGUAUUUUUAUUUUAUAAUUCCGUAGAAUGAUAAAGUCAGGUUUGUUGAGAUAUGUUGCCAAUAAAAAUGUUCUUUUCCAUA